CCUCGGGCAGGGUAUAAUUGUAAGUUGGAACUGAAAAAACGCUACGGCGGAGGAGGGGGCGGAAAGAAGUGAAUGGGUCGAUGGUUGGGAGCGGAGCCCCCGAUUUCUUCUACAAAGAAGCUCAACGCCUCGGCUACGUAGCUCGCUCGGCGUUCAAAUUGGCUCAGAUACAGAGACAGCAUAAGUUAAUCAAACCCGGUUCUUCCGUUCUCGACUUGGGCUGCGCUCCCGGUUCAUGGCUUCAGGUUGCUUGUCAGAGCUUGGGCCCAUUCCACAAUGGUGGCUCCGUUCUCGGCAUCGAUCAUAAGAAAGUUAAAGUUCCUCCUCUUUGUGAUUCCAGGGUUCAAACUAUUUCUGCUGAUGUCAUGACCCUCCCUAAACACCAACUCAGAGACCUUUCUCCUAAGCAAAAAGGAUUUUCUGUAAUACUCUCAGACAUGUGUCCGUUGGUUUCGGGAAUCACGACGAAAGAUGCUGCUUUGUCAUAUGAGCUAGGGAUGCGAGCGUUAGAUUUGGCUGUUGGCAGGGUUGGUUCUGUUUGUAAUUCUGAUUCUGAUCAUCAGGACAAGGAGCCAUGUGAUGAUGGUCUGUCAAGUUCGGAUGACAAGGGAGUGUUGCGAGUUGGAGGCCAUCUUGUUAUCAAGCUUUUGGAGAGUGAAGACGCCAAAGAAAUCAACCAGAUUUGUAAACCAUUGUUUGCGAAGUCGUCGUGGUUGAGACCUAAAGCCACUAGACCGUCGUCGAGAGAGAUCUAUUUGAUAUGUCAAAGUUUAAAGCCGGGAAUAAAUAUUUAGGUUGCUUGAUGUGGUUUGUCGUGGUGAAUGUUUGGUGUGAGCAGAUUGCAAAUUCGUGUAAGUUGCAACCAUAGUUCGAUGUUUUUUUACUCUGUAAUGCAGUGUUGCCAAAUUGUGGCUAUAGUUGCAUUAUAGUGUGCACUUUAGUGUUGUGGCUACAGCACUGUGGCAUAGAGAAAUUUGAAUAAACCACUAUUUUCUGCAAUCCAGGAUAGAAAACAUUGCUGUAUUUUGAAAUGUGUAAUUGGGAAAUUCAUGAAUUUACAUCAAGUUUUGAUGCUAA